CCCUUCUCACUCUCUCUCUCUCUCUUGGAGGUCUCUUCUUAUCUCUCGAUUUGAGGGCUCCGAUCGAAGCGGAGCUCCACCUCCCCUCGCGCCACCGCCGCCUCCCGGCGAAAGCAUGGCAUUGCCAACUGCAACUCUUGCUCCUCUGCCAAGUCCACAAGUGAUUGGUAGUGCCUUUGUUCACCAGUAUUACCACAUUCUUCAUCAAACACCAGAACAAGUUUAUAGGUUUUAUCAGGAUUCAAGCGUUCUUAGUCGCCCAGAUUCUGAUGGCAUGAUGACUUCCGUAACAACAUUGCAAGCUAUCAAUGACAAGAUCAUGUCAUUGAACUUCAAAGACUGCUUUACUAAGAUAGAGACUGUAGAUUCUCAGAUGUCCUACAAGAAUGGUGUGUUCAUCGUUGUUACUGGAUCCUUGACUGGGCUUGAUAACGUUUGGCAGAAAUUUGCCCAGUCAUUCUUUCUUGCCCCACAGGAAAAUGGAGGUUAUUUUGUCCUAAACGAUGUGUUUAGAUUUGUGAAUGAAAAGCAACCAGCUGAAAUUAAUCAGAUGUUACCUAAUGGUACCAGCAAUGAUGCCGCUAAAGCCCCACUAACCGCUGAACCAGAACCAGCUUCAGUUCAGGAGCAUCAUGUAGUGGGUCUCGCAACUCCUCAGUCAGAGGGGACUGCUGACGAUGACGAGGAAGUUUUUAACCCAUCAGAGAAUGGUGGUUCAGAAGUUGAAGAUGAGGUUGCUGUGGAACCACCAGUCCAUGAGAGUCAAAGUGAUGCACGACCGGUUUCUGAGACUACUGCUUCCAUGGCUCAGGAGGAUGCACCUAAGAAGUCUUAUGCAUCAAUUGUCAAGGUUAUGAAGGGAAACCCAUCACCAAAACCGGUAUAUGUCCCUACUACUAAGACAAAACCAGCUCCUGCUAGCCCUGAGAAACCUGCAGCUGCGUCCACAGUGCCUGUUCAUGCUCCUGAAACUCCAAUUCCUAAUAGCAAAGCUAUCCCUGAGAAGAACUCUCAUGAAGUGGAGGGUCAUUCCAUCUAUAUCCGCAACUUGCCUUUGAAUGCAACGGCCGAACAAGUUGAGGAUGAGUUUAAGAAAUUCGGACCUAUUAAGCCUGGUGGUGUCCAAGUUAGAAGCCAUAAGAUUGAGCGCUUUUGUUUUGGCUUUGUUGAGUUUGAGUCACUAAAAUCCAUGCAAGAUGCAAUCGAGGCAUCCCCAGUCAUGAUUGGAGGGCGUCAAGCUUUUGUUGAGGAGAAGAGAACCACAACACGAGUUGUUAAUGGUGUUGUUACCAAUGGUGGCAAUGGUAAUGGUGGGAGAGGGCGCUUCCAAUCAGGAAGGGGCAGUUUUCGAAAUGACAAUUUUAGGGGACGUGGAGGUUUUGGGGGCAACAUGGGCUACAGGAGGAGUGAAUUUAGGAACCGAGGUGAGUACACGGGCCGGGGUCGUGGCCAAGCAGCCCGUGUUGGCGAUGUUUAUCAGCAGCGGGUCUUUCAGAAUGGGAAUGAUUAGUGGUUUGGUCUUCAACGAGGAAUGUGAUAUAUGAUUACAAACCAUGCCAAGGAAAUCAUUUUUGACUUGGAUGUUACAACUGUGGGUAACAAUUCCUUUUUUUUAAUUAGUUCAUCCUGUAUUCUUUUCUGAGUUGGAUUUAGGUCAAGUGCCAAGCUUAUAUAUGGUUGAAUUUGGGGUGAAGUAUAGAUUCUGAAGCUCAAACCAGCUGCUGCCAAAUUAGUACUCUGAAUUAGCUUAUCCUGUGGGGCUUGAAAGAAAAUCUCAGAUGAUUUUACGAGCACAAUUACCUCAAAAAUUUUGCUCAUUUUACCAGUUUAACUUGGGAAAUGUGAAAGCCUAACAGGCAAAAGUUGACAUGUCCACUCUUAUGUAUAUAUUGCACUUUUUACCUUAAUUGUGUUGUACUUCCCCCCACAUAUUUUUGGAUAAUUUGGUUGAAUUGUUAAUGAAGCAACAGGCUUGCUAGGUGAGUAA